AUGUCGGCCUCUCUUCCCGGUUCGCGUGACCUCCCGGCCUCCCAAUACGACCUCUCUACAUACUGGGGCCGCGUGAAGCAGUCUGCGCAGAUAGCAGACCCAAGCACCCUAUUCGUUUCGUCCGCCGGCCUCGAGCAUGCGAAACAACUCGUCACCUCCUACAAGACUGGUGCGGCCAAGCACAUGACACCCGAAUUAUGGCAAGCGAAGAAGACGGUUGAUUCAACCCUCCAUCCAGAUACCGGACAUCCGGUUUUUCUCCCCUUCCGCAUGUCUUGCUUUGUCAUCUCCAACCUGAUCGUCACAGCCGGCAUGCUAACUCCCAAUCUGGGGACGCGUGGUAUUCUAUUCUGGCAAAUCACCAAUCAGUCGCUCAAUGUUGCCAUCAACAAUGCCAACGCCAACAAGUCCGAUGCUAUGUCCACCUCGGACCUGGUAAAGAACUAUCUGGCCGCCGUUUCCGCCUCGUGUUCCGUGGCCUUGGGUCUUAACGCCGUUGUGCCACGCCUCAAGCGUGUCUCACCAAACACCAAGAUGAUUUUGGGAAGGUUAGUCCCGUUUGCAGCCGUUGCUUCUGCUGGCGCACUGAAUGUCUUCCUCAUGCGGGGUGACGAGAUCCGUCGUGGAAUUGACAUAUUUCCCGUACAAUCAGAGGCGGAAAAGCUCGAGCGCGAGAAGUCUGGCAAGGAGGUAUCAAGUCUAGGCAGGAGCAAGAAGGCAGCGACCUUGGCAGUUGGAGAAACUGCCAUCAGCCGUGUGCUGAAUGCUACCCCCAUCAUGGUCCUUCCGCCACUCAUCCUAGUGCGACUACAGAAUACCGACUGGCUCAAGCAGCGACCGAGGAUGGUGCUACCGGCGAAUCUUGGUCUAAUUUUAACGACCAGCAUUUUUGCCCUGCCUCUAGCAUUGGGGGCGUUUCCCCAACGGCAAGCAGUGAGCGCGAGCACAUUGGAGACAGAAUUCCACGAGCGUGGUGGCUUUAACGGCCUAGUGGAGUUCAAUCGAGGACUGUAA